GAGCGUUGCGGGGCGAUGUCCGGUCGCGGGAAGCAGGGCGGGAAGGCGCGGGCCAAGGCCAAGUCGCGCUCGUCGCGGGCCGGGCUGCAGUUCCCCGUGGGCCGCGUGCACCGGCUGCUGCGCAAGGGCAACUACGCGGAGCGGGUGGGCGCCGGCGCCCCGGUGUACCUGGCGGCCGUGCUGGAGUACCUGACGGCCGAGAUCCUGGAGCUGGCGGGCAACGCGGCCCGCGACAACAAGAAGACGCGCAUCAUCCCCCGCCACCUGCAGCUGGCCAUCCGCAACGACGAGGAGCUCAACAAGCUGCUGGGCAAGGUGACGAUCGCGCAGGGCGGGGUGCUGCCCAACAUCCAGGCCGUGCUGCUGCCCAAGAAGACCGACAGCCACAAGGCCAAGAGCAAGUGAAACCAGCCCCAGGAGCGCUCCCACCUCAAAAGUAACCCAAAAGGCUCUUUUCAGAGCCACCCACUUCCUCGUAAAAGGAGCUGUAGAUCCUAAAAAAAUCCUCAAAAACAGUGAAAAAAGCGCCUCUUAUGUUUUCGUUGAAAGUGAACGUUUAUAUGCUGAAUAUAAAAAAGCUAGCAAAACUUGAGAUUUUUUUAAAAACUAGGUUUACACAUUGCAAAAUAACGUGUUAGUUGUGAGUAGACGCAUACUGGAAAAUAGGUUUAUUCGGUAUAAAAGAGAGGGCUUUGCU